AUGCACUGGAGAAAACUGAGUGUGCGCAUGCUCAAUGGAUAUGCGGAGCGUAGCGGAGACAGUCGAGUAUUGCCGAUUGGGGAACUUAUUGAUCGGGAUCGGGAUUCAAUACAAAACAAUGAGCAGAUGCUGAAAAUAAAGGAUAUUAAAGACAAAGAUGUUAAAGAUCUGCCACCAUCCCCUUCAGUGAGAGGAGUUGUGCUAGAUGUCAGUGACAUAGAAAAAUCACAAAAUGCCCGAUACAAAGAUAAAUUCUUUGCAAUCAUUGCUGAUGAAACUGCUGCAGUAUCUGUAACAGUGUAUGAUCCAAACAAAAGAAACAAAUUUAUUAAGGGAAUGGCUGUAGUUCUAAUGAAUGUUCUUGUGAAGCAAAAUUUUAUAGCUGUUACAAGCAAAACAGAUGUGGGAAUUGCAAGACCAUUCUCUAUCCCUGAUGAUGUUAAGAGUGAAGUACCAACCCUUGCUGGACAAACAAUGACCUUAAAAGCUGCACUAGCUUCACCUGUGAAAACACUACUUACAAUCAAGGGAAAAGUUGUUAAGUUGUCACCAGCAAGCAAGAAAAGGGUUGAGCAAAAUGAUGUAAAAUUCCAAGAGGUAAUUCUGAAGGAUAUUGAUAGACAUGCAACAGUUGCAGUGUGGGACUCAAUGGUAAAUACUAUUGAAAAGGGAGAAUGUGUGCAGAUUACAAAAUGCAGGGUGUGUUUGUUCAACGAGCAGAAAAGGUUAACCACUACAAGAUCAUCCCAGUGCGAGAAACUUGCUAAUGAUGAAAACUUGCUGCUGGUGUCUGAUAAUGAAGAUGUGGACACUGAUGAAAACUGGGGAGACACUCCAACUGUGGAUUUUAAUAGUGGAACAAUCACAGCUGUGUUUGAUGUUGAUCCCUACCUUGCCUGUCCUACACCUUCAUGUAACAACACCAAACUUACCCCAGUAGAAUCCAAUUCUGGUAGUCGUAUCAUGAACUGCAAAAACUGUGGAAGAAAUUAUGGUGAAAGUGCAUGUAAUAACUACUUGCGUGCUACAGUAAUGAUUGAAGUAGAGGAAUCUAACACCCCCCCCCCAGAAAGUGGCAAUAUGUAAGCCGCAGAUUGAAAAGCUCUUCAUUUCAAGAGGAUUCGCACUUCCUUCCACCAAUGACCAAACUGAGCUUCUCGUCAAAUUCUUUGAAAUUAUUCCAGUUGACAUCAAGUUUCACAUGAUAAAUAACACUAUUAAACAAUUGACCUGCAAAAGAGUUGCAUGAACAUUCAACUCUAUUGCAACCAAUGUAACCAGUAUCUUUUCCAUUCAGUGUAGUACACACUGUUUCUUGUUUGUAUAAAUGAUUUUGUCCUAAACUGGUUUACUUGAUUUGUAAACCAUUAUGAAGGGGAUCUUUAUUGUUUUUUUCCCCAUUGUUUUGUGUAGUUCACACAAGUUUUUGUUACUUGGAAUCUUUUUUUCAUUUAUUGCUUGUAUAUGCAAAAGAGUUGCAUAGACAAAAGUCCUAGUCAUUUGCCUUUCUAGUCAGAUUUUGUCAAAAAAUGGUUUAAUGUUUAAUUACCAAAGUGACAACUAGUUUUACCAUGUUUUUUUUUUAAAUGUGCAUGUUUAAUCUUAACAUAUUAAGUUUUUUUAAUUGUUAUAUAUCUUUUUUUUUGUAUUCAAGAAAGCUGUUUGAACAAAAGCUCUCAGAAUUCCUUUGUUUAAGAACAACUCAAUAAUUAGCCAUUAUUUAACCAUAACAAAUUCAAAUCUACUUGCAUUUUAUCACACAGUAAUCUAUAAAUGUUUACAAACCAAUUAAAUAGUAACUUUAAGAUUUUGUGUAGAUUACCCUUUUACUGUUGAAGCAUAUAAAAUAACUUUGUCAUCCUUUAUUGCUUUCAUGUACAAAGCUGCUCUUACAUGAAGGAGAGUCACACAAGCAUACGUUUUCAUAGUAUUUUUUUCAAAACCAACUCAAGGAUACCAGCCGUUUCUCUUUUUAUCGAACAAGUAUAAUUUCGUCAGAUUUUUCCAUGUACUGAUUUAAGAACCCUUUAUACAUUGCACACUAAAGAUUUUUAAUUCCAUGGUAUUUUUAAUGCUGUUUUAAGUAACCUGCCCUCACAUCAAAAAUGAAAAUUGAAAUCUACAAUAUAUUACUCAAUUUGUAAUCAAUUCAAGCAUUUUUGGCAUUACGCCUGGAUGAUUUAAUCGAAUCUUUAUUUGCACGUUCUAUCCCAUUUAAUUAAGAAACAGAGGUUUUUGUUUAUCAAUACUUCAUUGCCUUAUUUCGUAAUCCCUUGGUGCAAUGGCAGCUACAUGUACCUAUGUUGAAUAUGAAAUAGAUAAACUUGAUAUUGACACUUUCAUACCAUAUAAUUUCAUCAAAAGUUAAAAAAACCCAACUAAUUAGUGAAAAGAGGGUUCUUCAGAUUUAUAAACCAUCAGAAAAAUUAUCUUGAUGAUAUUGUGUAGUUCACACGAGUUCACACAAUCCUUUUGUGUAAUAUUUUUGUCAUAUUUUUCGUUUUUUAAAGGUGCUCUUAUGUGCAAUAGUUUUGUAAUGCUUAGAGCCAUGACCUUUAAUCAAAACAAAUCAUAUAAUGUUACAGUAGUUAUAUUUUGUUGAUUACUGUUUUUAUGUUUCACAAAGCAUUGUAAGGAAAACCUUCAAGGUCUUCCAUAGUUCGCACAUUACACAUUUUUGUCAAAUAUUUGUUGUAUAAGGUGCUCUUAAAGAAAGAAACUAACUUUUUUAUAUUUUCUGUAUGGUUUCUGAAAAACAGUUUAGAAAAAUAAAUAGUUUUCUUAAUAAAAUA